UCAAUCUGAGGAAGGAAUUUCCGGAUCAAAGCUUGGGUAUCCGGCGUGUGAGGUUGCGAUAUCGCGGGAUUUGGGGAUAUGUUGCCCCGAUGCAGCGAUGAAUCUUGAUUCCUUGUCUUUAGCAUUAUCGCAUAUCAGCUACCUUGUGGCGAAUUUGAGCAAGAAAAAUUAUAAGUCUGGUGUGCAAGAAAUACUACAACUUACUGAAAGACACGGCCCAGAAGCAGAUCGUCAUUUAUUCCGCUGUCUUUUUUCAUCCAUUGAUUUUGGUGGGGAUGGUAAAAGUAACGGAAAAGAUUAUCAUCAGACUCAACUAUUAAUAUUGCAGUGCAGCACUUUAGCUACAAAACCAGGUUUCAUUUCAAUUCUCUGUCACUCAGUUGACAGUCCCUUCUCUCAUCAAAAAUCAUUGGUACCUUCUGACUCUCUACUUACCAAUAUCAGCCGUGUUUUAAAGUUCACAAAAGUACAAGAAGUGACUUUUGCAAUCGCUCUGCAACAUUCGAGCAUUCAGGAAGUUCGAAAACAAGCUACUGAAGCAAUUAAAACUCAGUUGCCUGAAUUAAUCCGAUUACAUUUGGAAAGCGUUAAAGUUAGUGGAAGAGGGAGCAAUUCACAGGACAUUGGCCUGCAAGACACUGCCAUCGAAGUACUGCACUUACUUCUUAGUUAUCUUGCCAAAGAUAGCUCUGGAAUUGUUUCACCUGAUAAAAAGCAAGCUUUUCUUGCCACUCUCAGAUCUAAUUUCCCCAUUGAUCGUUGUCCAAUCGUACUAUUACCAUUGCUUUAUCGGGAGAAAGAAGAUUUACAUAUGGAUCGAUUGUUGACUGAAUCUACUGGAAUGUUGACUGAAUCUACUGGAAGUAUUCAUAAAGCAAGAGCAUUUAUGGCAGAUGUCAUUAGAGAAAUAGGAUAUUCAUCAUGUUCAAGUGUCGAGGAAUGUCGCAAAAUUCUGGUUCAAUAUGGCGUCACUGUCAAUGCAAGUCAGGUUGCUCGGGUGCUUGGGAUGAUGGCCAGUACUAUAUCAGAACCAUUAGACAAUAUUCCUCCUUUGCAGUCCCUGUCAGGAGGUGGAACUUGGUCCGACUCGAAGGAUAAAAACGAGUCAUCUAAUUCGUGGAAUGUUGAGGCUUUUGUACAAGCUGUGAAAGAUUUGAACCCAAAUUUGAGUUUUCAAAAUGUUAUGAAAGAGUUGGAUUAUCCUAGUUUUAUCAUCAACAAUGCACAAGCACUUCUUCUGGUUGUCAAAGCAAUAACUUUUGGAAUUCCACCCAAAGAUCUAUUUCCUACGGCUACUUUAUACCAACCGUGGAAGAAUUCGAAUGGUCAGUUGUCAUGGAUACAACAAUCAUUGCUUAAUCCUGGUAUAUUCUGUUUUGCUGAUCAUCCUUGUCAUUUAUGUGCCGUCGACAUAUUGAAACAACCACUGGAUGAGGAAAAUAAGGAAAUUUUAAAUUGGAAAUCUUUGGAUUUGGUUGAAUGUCUUCUACAGCUUUCACAAAAUGGACAUUAUGAACCUGUCAAAACACUUUUCAUGUGGCCGAUGAAACAUUGCCCAGAUUUAUUGAUGUUGUCUCUGCUACAGCUCAGUUCUCCGUUUCACAAAUUACGACAAGAAUUAAUUUCUAAUAUGCUUCCAACAUUUCUCAAUCUUCAUCCAAAUUCAGGAAUCAUAUUACAUUAUGCUUGGCAUGGACAGGGUCAGUCUCCCGCCAUCAAACAAUUGGUGAUGUUGAGUAUGGCUGAAUGGUAUAUGAGAGAUCAGCACGAUCAACAGAGACUGUCAAGAAUAUUGGAUGUAGCACAGGAUCUUAAGGCACUUUCCCAUUUGCUGAAUGCAAGUCCAUUUGCAUUUGUGAUCGAUUUAGCCGUUCUUGCAUCUCGAAGGGAAUAUUUAAAAUUGGAUAAAUGGUUGACGGACAAAAUCCGAGAACAUGGUGAACAUUUUAUCCAGGCCUGUGUUGCUUUCCUAAAAAGGAGAUGUCCAUCCAUUUUAGGUGUAAAAGAUGACGGUCAACCAAAGAACUUGCAACUUCCACCUGAGACAUUAGCUACUGUGUUAGUUUGUCUGCAAGCUUGUGUUGGGAAUGUGUCUCAGACUCUUUCUGAAAAUAUUCUCACCAUGGUUGCAAACUGCAGUAGUUUAAUGAGUAAAACAAGACAAGCACCUCCUGGUGUUAUGGGAAACAAUAGACAACCUGGUGCACCUGGAUCAUCAGUUAUUGCCGCACCUGCUUCUAACGUCCUGCCUGAAACUUCACUUUCAAAAACGUUGGAUUUACCUGGUAUGGGUGCAUUUUCUGGAAACCCAACUCAACAACAAGCAUCAACUCAACAAUCUACUCAACAAGAACCUACUCAGUUACCUGGGUUCGGAGGAAGUUUACAUGUACAGCCACCAGGAUCUUCUGCGUUUGGAAUGUCCGCUAAUGAUCAGAGUAUGUUAUCGGCGACCAAUUUGACCCCUUCAAACAUGUUGAGCACAUCGGCAGCAGGAAACGCCCCAGGAUUACCAGCGUCGUCCAACCCACUUUUAGAUAAAAGCCGCAGCACAGCUAUUGGUCCCAUAGGAGGAGGUGCAAGUGGUACAAUUGGUCAACUAAAUAACAGUGCGUUUUCAUCUUCUGUCGGACAAAAUCUCGCAAGUAAUAGUUUCGGGUUAACAGGAAAUAAUUCAAGUGCAAAUCAAGGAAUUGGUGGUGGACCGUUUUCUUCUCAACUUGGAUUUGAUAGCCAGAUGUCACAAGGUUUUGGUGCUUCUAAUCAACUUUUGGCUGGACUUGGAGGUCUCAGUAUCAGUGGUUCUGCCACGGAUUCUUUUUCAUCCUCAAAAUUUGAUUCAUUCGGUGGUCAGAAAUUAGAUAUGUUGAAUAGGAAAGUACAAGACUUAUUUGGUCAAUCGAAACAAAUUGGAUUGGGUAAUAGCGGAGGUAUGGGUACUGGUCCUUCACUUGGCGGGGGUCUAGGUGGCAGUCUUGGUGGUGGUAUGGGCACAGGACUAGGUGUGUUUGGUCAAAAGAAAACAAAUGCAGCUGGUUCUCUUGGAGCAGCAACACAACAAGCCUUCCAGCAAGCUGCAGCCAAAUCAGCAAAACCCGCUGCAACUGGUGAUCUUUCACAAGUUUGGCCAGAGAUGAAUCAACAAUUCAGUAAAGAAAUUGAAGAUGAAGCAAACAGUUAUUUUCAGAAGAUUUACAACCAACCUCCUGAUUCAACAUUAACUGUAGAUGAAAUUUUAGAUUUGCUGAGAAAAUUCAAAGAUUCGACGAUUAAAAAAGAGCGGGAAGUCUUUAAUUGCAUGAUUAGAAAUUUGUUUGAAGAAUACAGAUUUUUUCCGCAGUAUCCCGAUAAAGAACUAUAUAUCACUGCUUGCUUGUUCGGAGGAAUCAUUGAAAAAAACUUGGUGACAUAUCUAGCACUUGGCAUUGCUUUACGUUACGUUUUGGAAGCGUUGCGGAAACCCCAACCAAAUAAAAUGUAUUACUUUGGUAUUGCUGCUCUGGAUAGAUUUAAAAACAAACUAAGAGAAUAUCCUCAGUAUUGUCUUCACAUCGCUGGAAUUCCACAUUUUAAGGAAUUUCCUCCGCAUCUAGUAGAGUAUGUUGAUUACGGCAAACUUUCUAAAGAACCACCAAUGAAAGCACAGAGAACAACACACGGCUCCCUAACACCCAGCAGCAUGAAUCCACUCCAACAACAAAUUGCUCAACCAUCCCCUCAAUCUGGUUCACUCACUCCAACAAGAAUGCCACCAUCUACAGUUGGAGCUGUUGCUCCUCAACCACAAAGAGCAUCAUCAGCUGGUGCAAAGCCAAUUGGAAAAGAGCAACCAUCGAUUGCCAAAGCUACAAAUAUCGACACUUUACUCGGCGCUCAAGCUCCUGAGGAAAAAAUCCCAGAACCUCCUGAAUCAGCUCAAGAUAAAAUUGCUUUUAUCUUCAAUAACCUUUCAAGCUCUAAUAUACAGGCUAAGAGCGAAGAAAUGCAAGGCGUAGUGGAAGAUGAAUAUAUAGCAUGGCUUUCUCAAUAUUUUGUGAUGAAGAGAGUCAGCAUUGAACCAAACUUUCAUCAGCUUUAUUCAAAUUUCCUGGAAUGUCUUCGAAUGCCAAAACUGACUAAACUAGUUCAUAAGGAAGUGUUUCGGAAUAUUACCGUUUUGCUCAAGUCAGAUAAAAUUGAUGCAAACUUCUCAGAUAGAUCGCUGUUAAAAAAUCUUGGACAUUUCCUCGGAAUGCUAACAUUGCCGAAAAAUAAGCCGAUUCUUUUUGAGGACAUUGAUUUGAAAUCUCUUCUAUAUGAAGCAAAUAUGAAAGGAGCACAGGAACUUCUAUACGUUGUUCCAUUCGUGGCAAAAAUUUUGGAAUCUGUUGGCAAAAGUCGAGUAUUCAAACUUCCAAACCCAUGGACUGAGGCAAUCAUUGGAGCUCUUGUGGAGUUGCAUAAUGAACCAGAUCUAAAGCUCAACUUGAAAUUUGAAGUCGAAGUUUUAUGUAAAAAUUUACAACUGGACAUCAACGAAAUAAAGCCAUCAAAUUAUCUACGAGAUCCAUCGUACAAACAUACCAUCGAUUACCAACUAUCCGCUUCCAAUAAAGAUACAAACAGUAGUAAACCAGGAACACCAUCUGUCGGAUUAGAUCAAGAUCUAGUUCAAAAAAGCAUUCCACCUCCUGGCGUUACAUUAUCGGCUGCUGGCAGCUUGCCUCCCAGUACGACAUCUGCUGGAAAAGGGUUUGGGCAGACUAUGCCGCAGAUGUUGUCAAUGUCUUCAUCAGUACCAAGGUUUUCACUGCAUGAUAUCAAUAUCUACUCCAUAUCUACCCUACAAUCACAUUUGAUGGUGAAACCUGAAAUAUUGAAAAACGUACCGUUAAUCACCCCAGCUGCAUUAAAAAGUUGUGUCAGGAUGUCAGUGGAACGAGCAGUCCAAGAGUUAUUACAACCAGUGGUGGAUCGUGCUAUUAAAAUAGCUAUGACGACAUGCGAACAAAUUGUCAAGAAAGAUUUUGCUUUAGACCCAGAGGAAUUUCGAAUGCGAGCAGCUGCUCAUCAUAUGGUUCGCAAUCUGACUGCAGGAAUGGCUUUAAUUACAUGCAGAGAACCUCUUAUUCAAAGUAUUACUAAUUACUUGAAAAUCAAUCUGCCACAAGCAAUACAGAGAGUGGGUGUUCAACAACCGAAAGAAUUAAUAGAGCAAGCGGCCACUGUCCUGGCACAAGAUAACAUGGAAUUAGCAUGCUGCUUCAUACAGAAGACUGCAAUUGAAAAAGCAUUUAUGGAGAUUGACAAACGAAUGGCUACUGAAUUUGAGUUACGCAAGCAUGCACGACAAGAAGGUCGUCGAUAUUGUGAUUCUGUUGUAUUGACAUACCAAGCUGAACGUAUGCCAGAACAAAUUCGAUUGAAGGUGGGUGGUGUUACCCCACACCAAACUGCAGUUUAUGAAGAAUUUGCCAGAUGCAUUCCAGGCUUUUUACCAAGCAAUGAUGCUUCACAACCUUCAGGAUUUCUGGCCAAACCAAUGCAGUCAUGGCCGGUGGAUGAAAUCACUCAAGUUUACGACAGAUGCAUUAGAGAACUGGAGCAACAUAUUCAGGCAAUCAGCCUUCCACCAAAUAGUCUUCCGCAAUCACAACUACAAAAUCUUCUGGAAGCGACUGCUCACGCAAGAAAUUCUCGAGAAAUUGUUACUGCACUUGCUCUUCUACAGAAAGCUGUUGAAGGUUUGCUGGAGCGACUCACUCUUCCACCUAGCGAAGAGGCUCAAUCUGUCGCUGCAAGAUAUCGUGAAUGUCACAUUCUUGUAAUGAAAGCUUUACAAGAUCAGCGAGCGUACGGACCCCAAUGGACGAAUAAACACGUUACGAGAUUACUUGUUGAACACAGAGACGAAUAUAAAUAUAAUGUGGAAGCUGUCGAUCUGUUGAUCAAAACUCAUCUCGUCAAUCUUCAACAAUACGAUAUGCAUCUGGCUCAGUCAAUGGAGAAUGGUCUUAACUACAUGGCAGUACAAUUUGCUAUGCAACUGGUUAAAUUAUAUCUACUCGAUGAAAAGCAAGGUUCUCCUGUUACUGAAUCAGACUUGUACAAUACCAUUGAAAUGCUGGUGAAAAUCAAUACACACACACAGGGAACAGCUCCUGAAGGAUUGUCACAGCUGAUCACAAUGAUUCGAUCGAACUAUGACACAAUUCUCGAUAAAGCACCAGGGGGGCCGACACACAUGAUGCAUUCUGGUAUAUCGCAGGCUCGUGAAUACGACGAUCCACCAGGAUUGAACGAGAAAACUGAAUAUUUAUUGAGAGAAUGGGUCAAUAUUUAUCACAGUCCAACAUCUGGAAGAGAUUCAACCAGAGGAUUUUCAACAUUCGUUCAACAAAUGCACCAACAAGGAAUAUUACGUACUGAUGACCUGAUCACUAGAUUCUUCCGCUUAUGUACUGAACUCUGUGUAGAUUUGACGUAUCGUCUGUUACAGGAGUCCAAUAUCAGUCCAUCACUUCUGAAUCCAACGUUGGUUCGUGCCAAAUGUUUUCACACAUUGGAUGCUUUUGUUAGAUUGAUUACAUUACUCGUAAAACAUUCUGGAGACGCAGCUAACUCUGUUACGAAAAUCAAUCUUUUGAAUAAGGUUUUGGGAAUUGUAGUCGGUGUUCUUCAACAAGAUCAUGACCAGAGACAAACCGAAUUUCAUCAGAUGCCGUACCAUCGUAUAUUCAUCAUGUUGUUUUACGAAUUAAAUGCACCUGAACAUGUUUUAGAAUCGAUCAACUUCCAGACACUAACAGCUUUCACAAACACUUAUCACAUUCUUCGACCGACGAAAGUUCCUGGAUUUUCAUUUGCAUGGUUAGAACUGAUUUCAUACCGUUCGUUCAUUUCAAGAAUGCUGUUACAAACACCUCAGCAAAAGGGUUGGCCAAUGUACGCACAACUGCUCAUCGACUUGUUUAAAUUCCUUGGUCCUUUCUUGCGUAAUGUUGAAUUGACUAAACCAAUGCAAGUUUUAUAUCGGGGAACAUUGAGAUUGCUACUUGUUCUACUGCACGAUUUCCCAGAAUUUCUUUGCGACUAUCAUUACGGAUUCUGUGACGUAAUUCCAGCAAACUGCAUACAACUUCGUAAUCUUAUUCUUAGUGCUUUCCCGAGGAAUAUGAGAUUGCCUGAUCCUUUUACACCUAAUUUAAAGGUUGAUAUGCUGCAGGAAAUCAACAGUGCUCCUCGUAUUCUUACUAACUUUGUUGCCGUGAUGCCAGCUAAUUUCAGAAAAGAUCUCGACAGUUAUUUGAAAACAAGGGCACCAGUCACUUUCCUUUCUGAUUUGAGAGGAAAUUUACAGCUAUCUAACGAACCAGGGAUGAAAUACAACGUAGCUCUCAUUAAUUCUCUUGUGUUGUACGUGGGCACACAAGCUAUACAAUAUAUUUAUAGCAAAGGUGGUACACCUUCUAUGAGCACCAUCACACACUCGUCACAUAUGGAUAUAUUCCAGAAUUUAUCUGUUGAUUUGGACACUGAAGGGCGUUACCUAUUUCUGAAUGCUAUUGCAAAUCAGUUACGUUAUCCUAACAGUCACACUCAUUACUUCAGCUGCACACUCUUGUAUUUGUUUGCUGAAGCAAAUCAAGAAGCAAUACAAGAACAGAUAACAAGGGUUCUACUUGAAAGGCUGAUUGUUAAUCGACCUCAUCCUUGGGGACUUCUAAUAACUUUUAUAGAGUUGAUCAAGAAUCCCAAUUUCAAGUUCUGGAAUCAUGAGUUUGUGCAUUGUGCUCCUGAGAUCUCAAAGUUGUUUGAAUCUGUAGCUCGUAGUUGCAUGGGCAAGCAAUUCACUCAACAAUCUCAACAACAAACUGGUCAAACAGCUGGAAAUCCAUCACAGCAGCCAAGCACAAGUCAGCAGACAACUGCCAAUAUGAUUCAACAACAAACUGAUGCCAUUUCAACAGUAGCAUCUGUGUCUCUGUGAGAUGUAAGUCUGCUGGUGAUUUCAAGAUUUACUGAAGAUAUGUAGCAAAUCAUUUGUUGUAGUACAUGAAACGACUUGCAAUUCUUCCUGGUGUGUUCUCUGGUCAGCUUGUUUGGACAGGAUGUGUCGUCUGUUUUGUCGUUACGUUUGGUCCUUGACUUUGUUUUACUAUUGGCUUCAUUAGCCUGGGAAGUUGUUGUUCUACAAUUGUUAUGAUUUUGUGUGGGUUAUUAAUUGCAUUAUUCAGAACAAUGUUUGUGUGUAAAUAAAUGUAAUAAAAUGUAGAUUGCUGAC